UUUCUUAGGAACUUAGUAGGUUGGACUAAAAGUCCCAAUUCUGCUUAUAGGAGGCAAUAUAAACCUUCUGUCGUAUCCAGUAAACUUACUUCCUUAACACGACUCUCUUUAGGAGCACAUUUCUUGCGAUCUGCUUCUCACCUGCUUCUGUGCACACUAAGUGCAAAAUCAUGUCAUACUUGGCACCAGUCCUUAGAAUUGGAGGGCAAGGAGGAAGUGAAUUUGAUUUUAAUGGUAUUGGAAACGGAGCCACACUGAAAAAGAUCUGGGUUUGGGCCGGCGGCUGGCAGAUAAAAGCCAUCAAGGUUUGGCUAACUGACGGCCAGUCCAGGCAAUUUGGUAACUCUGAUGGGAAGUAUUCAGAAUUUACAUUUGAAGAUGGAGAGUAUUUCACUUCCCUUUCACUUUGGGGAAAUGGAGCUGGAACACGUCUGGGUGCCAUCAAAUUCAAGACGAAUUAUAAAAACACAACACGUGAGUUCUUCGCACACAUGACAGACUGGGGGCUGAAAAAAGAAUAUCCAAUUGAUGUGGGAUCUGGGAUCUGCAUGGGAAUUGCAGGCCGUGCCGGUUCAGAUAUUGAUUCCUUAUGCUUCAUAUUCAUCAACACCGUCAAAUCUACUAAGCUAACAAAUGUUCAGUAUCCCACGCUUCAUAGUGUGAUACCUAAUGUCGCUGUUGAGGAAAUCAAAUCCACGACUUACCGAAAUAAUACCAGUCAAACUCAAGAAUACAAAUUAGAAACCUCCAAAACAAUCACCAGAAAGUCAUCCUGGUCUGUUACCAACAAGCUGGAAACCUCCUUUAACAUGGAAGUGAAAGCAGGAAUUCCAGAGGUUGUGGAAGUAACAGCUGGAUUCAGUCUCACAGUGGGAAGCGAGAGCUCAUAUGGUUUGGAGAACACUGAGGAGAGAUCUGAGCGGUUUUCUUUUCCUGUCAAAGUCCCUCCAGGGAAAACCGUGGAUGUGGACAUUACAAUCGGCCGGGCUACAGUUGAUCUCCCCUACAAUGGUACGGUCCAGAUUACCUGCUACAAUAACAGUGUGCUGGAGUUUAAAACCAGUGGAACCUACAAAGGGCUGAGUUACACUGAUGCAAAAAUAAUUGUGAAUGAAUAAAAAAAAAAAGCCUGUAAAUGCCACAUCUUUAGAAAGAGCUUGGUGCAGAAGCACAUCUUAUGAUUGUUAAACGAUUUAUUAAGAACCAUUCUGAGAAAUGAAACAAAUCUCAAGUGAUAAUUUUGCAUAUUUAGUAUGAUGUAGCUUGCUCUAAAUUUUCUUUCUUACUGUAUCACUUGUUAACUUACUGCUAUAGAGAUGAUUCUUCUGCUUGUUUUUAAUCUGUAAAGAUUUCAGUGAAUGAAAUUGACCUCUGCUUCUGACUUUAAAUAAAAAUUUGCAUGUGCCAAA